AUGGGGGAAAUCGAGGGCUCCUACCGGAUCCUCCAGACCCCGGGCACGAGACUGGGUGCUCAGUUCAACGCGGGUAUCAGCACAUUGGAACCUGGCCAGGGCCUUAACACCAAUGUGGUGGUGACCAAGGGUCCUGGACGGGGGCUUCAAGUCCGCGUGCAAGGUCUGGACGAGUCGCUGGAGUUUUUCGAUUUAGACCCAAGAGCUUUGGGGCAGGAUCUUCUCUCUGAGGUGUUUCUGCGAGGCAACCUCAUCGAGAGCGAUUACUUUGGACUGGAGUUUCAGAACAUGCAGAUGAACUGGCUUUGGCUGGAGCCCACCAAACUCAUUGUGAAACAAAUCAGAAGACCAGCAAAUUCUCUGUUUAGACUGGCUGUGAAAUUCUUCCCCCCUGACCCUGGUCAGCUGCAGGAGGAGUUCACCAGGUACCUGUUCUCCUUACAGAUGAAAAGGGAUCUGAUGGAGGGUCGCUUGAUCUGCACAGAAAACACCGGAGCCCUCCUUGCCUCGCACCUUGUCCAGUCUGAGAUCGGCGACUACGAUGCGGCUGCCGAUCAAGAUUUCCUUAUGAACAACAAGCUGCUGCCUUACCAAGAGAAAGUCCUGGAGGCCAUCGUGGACUACCACCGCAGACACUUUGGCCAGACCCCUGCCGAAUCAGACUUCCAAAUCUUGGAGAUCGCCCGCAAACUGGAGAUGUACGGUGUGCGCUUCCACCCGGCAGCCGACCGGGAAGGAACCAAGAUCAACCUGGCCGUAGCUCAUAUGGGCCUUCAGGUUUUUCAGGGCCACACCAAAAUAAACACAUUCAACUGGUCCAAGAUUCGCAAGCUAAGCUUCAAGAGGAAGCGCUUUCUGAUCAAACUCCACCCAGAAGUUCACGGCCCCCAUCAGGACACUCUUGAAUUCAUGAUGGGCAGCAGGGACCAGUGUAAGGUCUUCUGGAAGAUCUGUGUGGAGUAUCACUCCUUUUUCCGUCUCUUUGACCAACCCCAGCCAAAACCCAAGACCCUACUUUUUACCAGAGGCUCUUCUUUCAGAUACAGUGGGCGGACACAGAAGCAGCUUGUGGAGUAUGCGCGGGAGAACGGCGCCAAGAGAACACCAUACCAGAGGAGGAACAGUAAAAUACAAACGUCAUCUCGAUCCCUCACCAUUGAUGUGCCAAAACAGAGCUUCUCGUUUAACGAGCGUCUCCGCACGCCAUGCUCGCCUCCGUCGUCCUACCACCCAACACACAUCGCUGUCAGUCCACGGAAAGACCACCCAGCUCUCAAUCAUCAUCACCAUCAACAGCAGUCGCCUUCACCUGCCAUGCAGCCCAUGCCAGAGUCCCCCCAGAAGCAACAGCAGCAGCCUCAGCCUCACAUCCCCUCGAAGGAAGAAGCCGUGAACGGCGGCAAUCCCCCAACUCCCUACACUUUCCCAGGUGCUCCCACCACCGCUCACUUCAGCCCUGCUUUUGUGUGUGCAGAAGGUGGCACCCUACAGGCGCCCGAGAAUGUGGAUAGUAAGCAUGUUGGUAGAAGGGCGGCCAAGAAAGGUGUUCUAACACCAGAGGCUUUUGAAGCGGAGCUUAUGCGUACCAAGCAAAAGUACCCACUGCUGCGUGUCACGGAAGAGUUUAUAGAUGACGAUCCCACGCAAAUGUCAUUUUUUGGUGGCAGCGUGGAGGCCUAUCCUUAUGGGCGCAACGACGCGCCAGAGCAGUUCGAUUACGAGCACGGUUCAGCUAAGAACGGGCUCUUGGACACUAGUGUCGAAGAUCUGAACGGAAGCGUCCACCCCUUCCCUGACAGUGUGUUGGGCCAUUCUGAGACCAGCUCCUUACUUAACAACCGUUCUGAAUGCAGCUCCCUGGACAACCUGGGCCUCAGUUCGGCAGGGGAGUCCAUGUCAGUUGCGCCUGACUCUGCCUCCUCUCUGCGUCUGCCAGGCUCCGAUGUCCAGUCGGAGGCCAGCUCCAUGGUAAACUUCCCGGCAAGCUCGGUGCGUUCCGAGAGCAGCUCAGCCAUCCAGUUCAGCGACCUGGUGGAGCAGUUGGAGCAGCUUAGUUAUCCGCCCACGGCCACCGAGGGCUCUGAGAAUGAUAGCUCCGAUUCGGACUGGGGCUUAGACAGCGUCCUGCCGCCUGAGCAGAACCUGUUUUACAGCAACCCGCUAACCGGGAAUGCUGAGAUUGAGAGCUUCCUCCUUCAUUGUCAAAACCUGCAGGCCCUAGCCCUCGCAGACCCACCCGGACCUGGAAUCCUUGUACUCAUACCAGUAGGUCCUGUGUGGAAUGGACCUGUAUGGACACCAGAUAUUGAACCUGUACCAGAUGUCACAGACAUGGCAUUGGACAGCCCCCAGUUGUCCCCAUUUGACGUCGCUGGCCCCUUCUGCCUGUCGCCCUCCUUCCAGAUGUCGACCCUCAGCCUGCCUGGCCAGGCUGCUGCCACUGCCCCCUCGCCGUUGCAGAGCCCCGUCCUGAGCGAGGUGGGCAGCAAUGCCAGAGUAGAGGAGGAGGAAGAGGGCAGGAGGAAGCGGUAUCCUGCCGACAAGGCCUACUUCAUUGCCAAAGAGAUUUUGACCACGGAGAGAACCUACCUGAAGGACUUGGAAGUCAUCACUGUAUGGUUUCGCAGUGCAGUGAUCAAGGAAAAUGCCAUGCCCGACGGAUUAAUGACGCUGCUCUUCUCCAACAUCGAUCCCAUUUACGAGUUCCACCGCGGUUUCCUCAAGGAGCUGGACCAACGACUAGCUCUCUGGGAGGGUCGCUCUAAUGCACACGUCAAAGGUGACUACCAGAGGAUUGGUGACGUGAUGCUGAAGAACAUGUCUGCUCUCAAGGGCUUCACCAGCUACCUGCAGAAGCACGACGAGGUGUUGACGGAGCUGGAAAAGGCCAGCAAGCGACUGAAGAAGCUGGAGACUGUUUACAAGGAGUUUGAACUGCAGAAGGUGUGCUACCUGCCACUCAACACCUUCCUACUCAAGCCCAUCCAGCGCCUCAUGCACUACAAGCUCAUCCUGGAACGCCUGUGCAAGCACUAUGGGUCCGCACACCGCCAUCACACAGACUGCAAAGAGGCGCUAAAGGAGGUGGCAGAGAUCGCUGCGCAACUUCAGAGCAGCCUCAUCCGCCUUGAGAACUUCCAAAAGCUUACUGAGCUGCAGCGAGACCUCAUCGGGAUCGACAAUUUGACGACGCCUGGCAGGGAAUUCAUAAGGGAGGGCUGCCUCUACAAGCUGACCAAGAAGGGACUACAGCAAAGAAUGUUCUUCCUGUUCACAGACAUGCUCCUGUACACCAGCAAAGGAGUCACAGCAACCAAUCAGUUCAAAGUGCACGGCCAGCUCCCCCUCCAUGGCAUGAUUCUCAUAAUUUUGGACGCUCCGGUGGAAGAAAGUGAAAAAGAGUGGGCGGUUCCUCAUUGCUUCACCAUCUAUUCUGCACACAGGACCAUAGUGGUGGCGGCCAGCUCUAAACUGGAGAUGAACAAGUGGAUCGAAGAUCUCAACAUGGCCAUCGACUUGGCAAAGAAGUCUCAGGAGAAGUCCAGCGUCUUCCUGGACGGAGGCCUUGCUGAUCACUCCAAUCGCUCUUCGGAUGAGGUUUCUCUGGAGCAGGAGUCAGAGGAUGACAUGAACUCGUCGCGCACGUCGCUGGAAAAGCAGGCGCACCACCGAGCCAACACCACCAUGCACGUGUGCUGGCACCGCAACACCAGCGUAUCCAUGUCAGACCACAGCUUAGCUGUGGAGGUACUGCCAUCAGAUUCGGACUGCCUUGCGUGUACUUCUUUCUCCUCUCCCGCCGCUUCACCUGAGCUGCCACCUCGGUACCUUCUGGGUCAGGGCCAGAGACCUAACACCAUCACACAUGUUUGCUGGUACCGCAACCAGAACCUGUCGCUAACUGAUUACCUACGCAUGAACCAGAACCAGUUGUCGGGGUACCUCCUGAGGAAAUUCAAGAAUAGUAACGGCUGGCAGAAACUCUGGGUAGUUUUCACCAACUUCUGCCUGUUCUUCUAUAAGACUCACCAGGAUGACUUCCCACUGGCGAGCCUGCCGCUGCUGGGCUACACGGUGAGCACGCCGGAAGAGGCAGACGCCAUCCACAAGGAUUAUGUCUUCAAGCUGCAGUUCAAGUCACACGUCUACUUCUUCCGGGCAGAGAGCGAAUACACCUUUGAGAGGUGGAUGGAAGUGAUCAAGAGCGCGGCCACCGCUACAGGCCGUGUGAACCUGCUGGUCCCCUCCAAAGGAGGAGGCCCCCCAGCCGAGAUUAACAUAAGAUGA